AUGCGUAUAAACAACACUUUCUCUGCUGGUUUGCCUAUUGUUCAUUCGAAUGCAGAGUUUUCAGCUUUAGUAAACUCAAACACUUUAGCAAACAUAAACUUAACCUUAGUUGACGCAAACUUUGUUCCUGUAAAACUUUUAUGUCCUAUGUAUUUGUCAAUGACGGCAGAAAGUUUCGAAUUGGAAGAUGCAACUGGUGAAAGUAUUGUAUUACAAGAACAACUUCAACAACAAAUAGCUCAAGAACAACAAAUGGAACAAAUAGCUCAAGAAUAA